AUGACAUUCACUUCUAGAAAAUUCAUGGUUUUUGCAACUGUUGCUUCUCUAGCACUUAGUGCUCCAGUAACUUAUGACACCAAUUCGACUGUUGAGUUAGAAUCUUCUCUUUCCCAAGAGGUUUUAGGUUGGAGUCAUGCCACCUUUCCCGCCAUUUAUCAAACGUGUAAUGAAACUAAUGCUAGGAUGUUGAAUGCAGCUUUAAAGGAUACUGCUGAAAUUACAGCUUAUGGUAAAAGCAGACUGUUGAAUUACGGUGUCGAUGACGUUUAUUACAAAAGAUGGUUUGGUAACGGUAGUGUCUUCACUGUAAUGGGUGUUUUUGAUCAAUUGAUGGAAGCAUCUAAAGGUGGCAUGCUUAUGAGAUGUGAUGAUGUUGAUGGUUUGUGUGCAGCUAAUCCAAACUAUUACGCUGGCCAUCACCGUGAAUCUGCUCCAGCCGAGACUGUUAUUUGUGAUUACUUCUACAAUUCUAGAAAGCCACUAUCAAAUAUUUGUUUCGAGGGUACUAUUGUUGAUGUUGGUCCAAAACAUUACGCUGGUAUUGAUAUGCUACAUCGCUACUUGCACGUUCCUACUAUGAGUAUGGAUGGAUUCAUCGGUGAAUAUGCAGAAACACUUGAAGAAGUUGUUGACUACGCUCAAAACAAUGCCACCUUUGCUGUUAAAAAUACUGACAAUUACUUGUACUACCUAGCAGAUGUUUAUAGUGCCUCUGUUAUUCCAGGUGGUUGCCUAGGUGACUUGUAA